AUGGACGAUGGGCAGAGGAGACCAAAUUCUCUACGCUUCUUCCAGAAGACAAAUUCCAGUGUCUCUCUCCUACCGGUAGAGGGCCAAGAUUCGAUACCGGAUCUUGAGCUCCAGGUUCUGAGUCACGAGGGAUCGGGAUCAGGCGUGGACUCUGCAACCACAUCUAAAGACUAUCUGCUCCAUGAGGAUAACUACUAUGAUGAAGAUGACAGAGCAUGGCACCGCCUGCGCCACCCCCGCCAAGGCUGGGCAAAAUGCAUUUUAUGGUGUCUUUUAGGGUUCCUGCUAUUUCCGAUGCAGAAUUUCAUAACUCAACGGGUGGGUAGCUACGUACACGGGGAAUACAGGUCGGCAGGAGGCGACCGAAGCCGGGCUUUCACGAUCGAAAAUGUGUUGGCGGGAGACUUCAUGCUGGGCUAUGAACUGUUUGAGUUUAUUGCCCCUCCAAGGUGCUCCCCUGUAUCUGAUGAGGGCUUUUAUGUGACACUGCUCGCCGAGAAUGACGUUCCAACAUUCUCGGCAAAAAAGCUGACAGACGAUCAGUACACCAAGGCGCUUGCUUCCACUUCGUUCAACUAUGGCGGCCAGGACUAUAGGGUCCAGAAGAUCGUUCCAAGCUUCUCUCUUGACUUUGCGAUCCUCUCUUCUAAUAGGAAGCCUGUUUUCCGUCACUCGUCGCAAGCGAACUACUGGCUCAGAGAUGUUGGUGCAAACACCAUAGAACCUAUCACACCGGGAGGAGCUGGUUCACCUGCUGCGCUGAUAUCGUAUGCCAAAUUCUCCCCAUGUUACAGAUAUCUGUAUUUCGUGGCCGAGAAUGACCUCUACAUUCGGCAGCUGAGAGGCGAUGGGGCUUUGCAUAGGAUAACAUUCGAUGGCACUGCCGGCAUACACAAUGGGAAGACGGACUGGGUAUAUGAGGAAGAGGUCAUGGGCUCGGACAAUGCCGUCUGGUGGAAGGAUGACGACAGUGCUUUCGUUUAUCUACGGAUCAAUAGUACCGGGGUCCGGAGCUACGCUAUUCCUCGGUAUAUUGAAGAUGACAGCCUGAUCCCGAAGCAGAUCAACUACCCGGCGCCAGGCUCGAAGCUUCCUUCUGCGAGCUUGAUUCUAUACAACAUCGCGGAUGCGAGCAAGCACGAGAUCCAGCUGGAUGCUGCCGCAGAUUAUCUCAUCUAUGAUGCCGUGUGGUUGUCGGACACCCAUUUUAUGUUCAAGGUCGCUGACAGAGAAUCUCGCAAUGUAGAUAUCAGAGUGUUCAAUGUGGUGGAUAAGAGUGUCCGCACCGUCCGCUCUGUCAAUUCGAACAUUUAUGACGGCUGGAUAGAGAAAAUGAAGCCUGUGCUCAUUAUUCCUGCUGACAAGGACAAGGGCAGAGAAACGGGCUAUGUGGAUAUUUGCGUGGAUUCUGAUGGCUACCCUCAUCUAUUUUAUUUCCCAGAUAUCUACGCAGCCAAUGGGAGACAGCUCACUUCUGGCCCCUGGGAAAUAACUUCGGAUAGCAUGAGUUUCGACGCAGAAAAGGAGGUUAUCUAUUUCCAUGCGAAUAAACGACACCCAAUGGCACAGCACAUUUACAGUGUAGCCUUGUCAGAUACAGGUGUGGAAGAUUCUCUCCCCAUGCCCGGACCAGCAAACAACACUGAUUAUUACGAAUUCACUUUUAGUGCCAGCAGCAAAUUCAGCAUUAUGAAGUAUUUGGGACCUGACCUUCCAUCCACGAGAGUGGGCCCAACAGCUUUAACUUUAGGGGGCAGCACCGAGGAGAAUUCUGAGGCGCGCAUAAUUUCUCAUAAUGAUCAUAUCCUGGAGACAGUGGCAAAGCAUGAUCUUCCACAGACGUCAUAUCUAUCUGCUUUCACCACAGAUGACGCUGAAAUACAUUAUGUAGAGAUUAAGCCACGGCACAUGAACCCCAAAAAAAAAUACCCGUUGCUGGUCAGCGUGUAUGGAGGCCCUGGCUCCAGAACAUUCAAUACCAAAUUCGAUGUCAUGUUGGACCAAUGUAUCUCUUCAGGCCUGGAUGCCAUCGUAUUACAGAUAGAGCCAAGAGGAACUGGUGGUAAGGGAUGGAACUUUCGGAGUUGGGCAAGACAAAAUAUUGGCCACUGGGAACCGCGUGAUAUCACUGCGGUAACGAGAAAAUACAUAAGCCAACAUGCCAAAAAUGUUGAUACAGAGCAUGUGGCAAUAUGGGGUUGGUCAUAUGGUGGUUUCACCACCUUAAAAACUUUAGAAUACGAUCAAGGGCAGACGUUUAAAUAUGGCAUAUCUGUAGCCCCUGUGACAGAUUGGAGGUUAUAUGAUGCGGUAUACACCGAAAGGUAUAUGGGUACACCCAAACCCACAAAUGAUGCAUACGGCGAGUACGCACUCAUUAAAAAUAUAGAUGCGUUUAGUAAGGUCAAGCGGUUUUUAUUGUUGCACGGUACUGCAGAUGAUAAUGUGCAUAUAGAAAAUACCUACAAGCUGUUGGACAGCUUUAAUGUGCACAAUGUCCGGAACUAUGAUUCGCAUAUAUUUCCUGAUUCAAAUCAUGCACUGACGUUUCACAACGCAGGACCUAUACUCUACAGACAAAUCUAUCACUGGCUUGAGAAUGCAUUUUCCGGAAAAUUCGACGCACUCUCUUCUUAA